AUGGUGGCCGCGGCCCACACACCGGCCUCGCGGACCAGUGUCCUGCAGUACCUGGAAGAGGCCGAAAACAUGACGGAGGAAGAGAGGGUCAACAAGUACUUCUACAACCUCUAUGUCGCCAACGUCAGCACCGACGAGAUGAUAGAAGUGAUGCAGCGCUUCGACGCCUGCCCCUCCACCUCCCGGAACAAGGAAACUUAUCGCACCAUGCUCGCCAUACUCUUCAACGAGUGCAGAUUCUUCCCCAAGUACCCCGUACAGGAGCUCGCCAUCACCGCUGAGCUCUUCGGCAAGAUGAUCAAGGAGGGGCUGCUCACCUCGAACGGCAACCUGCUCAUGCUCGCCCUUCGCUGUAUCCUCGAGGCGCUGAGGCGCGGCAAGUCCUCCAAAAUGUUCCAGUUUGGCAGCAUCGCGCUCUCGCAGUUCGAAACCGCAAUCGCUAACUACCCCUGGUUCGCCAGGCAGCUGCUGGACAUCCCGGACGUGCGCGAGACCUUCCCGCAGCUUUACAAGACCUGCGAAAAGCUUCAAACCAUAAUGUCAGACUCCAUGCUCACGACGACGUACGUCGACCAGGCCCGGGGAAUCAUCCUCCGCCCCGAGGACUGCUUGGGGCCCCCGAUUUUGGAUGCGCCUGACACCGAGCUGCCGAAGCUCGGGUUACUGCCCUCCAUGGCGGAUAAGGAUAGGCUGGAUGUAGGAGAGAUGGAGACACUCAUGAACGGAGUUACGGAGGAGUUCACUGUCACGGCGCCGCCGGGGCCGGUGGUCAGCCUCAUAUAUGCCGCCUUCAACAACAUGGCAGCCGACAGCGCGGCGCAAAAGGCACGGGAAGUCAACGAAGUCAUAUCGCCCGAAAAUUUGUCGUGGCUAUUAAUAUACAUCAUCAAAACGAGAGCCUCGAAGGAACAAAAUUUACACGAAGUCUUUGUUAUUUUCAUCGAAAACGUCAAGAUACCCAAGAUAUUCGACAUGGCCAUACAGAUCACGUACGCGUGCAUCUCAGCUUGCCUGAAGAACAUCGUGGAGUUUAAGGAGAUACCGUCGUACCGCACUCUCCUGAGGAACCUGGGCAGCUGGAUCGGUAGGAUUACCGUGGGUCGAAACAUGCCGAUCAUGAGCCGCCACCUGGACAUCAAACAGAUCGUCUAUCACGCAUACGAAAAUGGGGCCAUGAUAGCCGCAUUGCCGUUCGUUUGCAAGAUUAUGGAACACAUCAAACAUUCAAAGAUCUUCAAGCCGCCGAACCCCUGGACGACUGCCAUACUCAACUUCCUUGUAGAGAUACACAGGCUUAAGGCGCUAAAAACCUCAUUAGUAUUCGAGGUGGAGGUGCUUUUCAAGCACCUCGAUCUCGGGAUGUCCGCCUUUGCGAACAAAACGCGGCUGCUUGAAUCCAAGGUUAGGCCCGAGAACUCACCCGACUUCGACACCUCCAUCAUCGACAAAGUGGAAAAGGUGGAACCGCCCUUACAGACAUCAGAAACGUCUUCACGUAAGCCAAAAUGCCCGCCAUUGUCGAGUGGGACGCACACAGCGGCGUUUACCAAGACCGCGCAACAGGCUAUGCAGCAUGCUCUGUUGUCGAGCAUGCCGCCCCGCCAGCAGCCACCGAGGUCGGGCGGAGCCCACGCCAGUGCACCAUCGAUCGUCCCAAGAACCGGUCCCGCACCCUCAGCAGAUUUACACCUGUUGCGCUCCACACCGUUACCGCAGCACGGCGGUGUCACACACAAGGAUAGCGUCAGGGACAAGCUCAGCAUGCUGCUCUCGAAGGUUAUGCGCGAGGGGCCUGCCUCAAUGAGGGCGUUGAUGCCGCAGCUUGACCCAAGACGUAGUGAUGUGCCUCCCUCCUACGCUAAUCCUCCCCCGGAUAAUUCCAACGCUGGCGUACGGCCCGGCACGUCCGUGCCCGCCAAUAUGCACAUGCAACAGGCGCAGGCGACCCCGACGAACAAUCAGGCAAACAACGAGAACAAUGUCACAAUGCAACUGAGCAACUACGCUGAGCGCCUGCUACAGAAGUUGCACGGUGCAGUGAUUAUAUCGCCUUCGAUCGCAAUAUUCGAAAUUCAGCCGCAAUUACGUGCGUGCGUGCCGGUGGCAAUAGAACGGGCCAUACGCAGGGUGUUGCCCAUCGUGUCGGAACACUCGAUCUCGAUUGCGAGGUCUACCACGCGGGUUCUUGUCGCGAAUGAUUACGCCGGAGAGGACGACGAGACUGCUCUGAGGGGCGCCAUCCACACCAUGAUGGAAUGUUUUGCAACCUCGUUGGUGAGAGCCACCUGCAAGGAGCCGCUGAGGAUAGCCUUCCAUGAAAGCUUGAGGGCGGCUUUGCAGACCUACCGCACCCAGGAUUGCAAUGACCAGGUGCUCGUGGAACAGCUGGUGCAGAUCAUAAGUCAGGAUAACCUGCUGCCAGCGGUGGGUAUUGCGGAAAAGAUUGUUGGAGAACUUGCGCUACGCGAAGCUGAUCUCCUGGUUCCGGAAAUUGCGAAAUUGUGUAAAUCGCUGCCCAAAAUCGCGAUUACGUUGCCGCCACUGCUGCAGCAGUGGAACAAGCUAAACGUGUUUGUGGAUAAGAGGAACCUCACGCUUUACAGGAGUUUAUUCCAGCGUCCAAACCGCCAGGUGGCAUCUCAGCAGCAUAAUCAAUCGCAAUCGGCACCGCAACAAAAAAAUCAGCACAAGCAGCAACAGGCUCACGGUCAAUCGGGACAACAGCAAAAACAUCAACAGUCGGGUCAGCAAGGCCAACAGCAGGCACACGGUCAAUCAGGACCGCAGCAAAAACAAAAUCAACAACAGUCUCAUCGCGGCCAGCAGCAACAACAACAAAAUCAGCAACAGUCGGUACAAGGCCAGCAGACCCAUCGAGGUCAACAGCAACAAUUGGGACAAGGCCAACAACAGACUCAUCGUGGUCAACAGCAACAACAUAACCAGCAACAGCAGAAUCAGCAACAACAACCGCGACAACAACAGAAUCAGCAGCAGCAUCAACAACCAAGUCAGCAGACGACGCCGCAACAAAAUAUGCCCCCUUCGAACCAUCACCAACGACAGCAAAUGCAGCAACAGCAGCAGCCGCAACCUCCGUCGCAGCCCCCCCAAAGACAAACGAAGCAACAGACACCGCAGAACCCGCCGCCAGCUGCAGCGCCAGCAUCGCUGCCUCCGUCGGCCAGGCCUCCACCUGCCACUCCUAUAACCAUACCUGCGAUGCCGUCAAACGGGAUAUUGGCCAGAUUCGAAGAGGCGUUCGGUGAUGUCAGGGGGCCACUACGGGAUAUUGCCUUGUUCCCGCCGAUUCUGUACACGCAGACUCCCUUCGAACCUGGAUAUGAACCCAUUAUCUUCAGCACCCAUGCGCUGCUGGUGCUCUACAGCCUCCCCGUGGAUCACGAAAUUUUUACAUGCAUUUCCCAGUGCCUCAACGUGAUGCAGAAUUCUAAGGACAUGGAGAUGGCGUCGCUGGCCAUAUCCCACAGGCUCAUAGUGUUCCUCUGCGAGGGAAUUGGUUCGCAAGCAGGGCUCAACGUGGAGGUUUUGCUCUGCGUCUUGGACGGGCUCGCCAGGCUCAAUGUCUCAGUCAAGCAGGCCAUAUCGUCAAUUAUAUACGCCCAACCACUUGAACGUGGGAACACGGUUUUCAACGUCGUCACGGUUACGGGGUUGCUGCGAUACGACCUCCUCGACUGGAUGCACCUGACACACUACCUCAUUCUGGCGAUGGACAAGGGCAAGAACGUUUACGCGUUCGAGAUGGCUAUAGUGAUAACCGCGAUAGCGGUCGUCGACCAGCGGAGCAUUACGCCGGAGCGUGCCACAGGGAUCAUACGGGAAAUUGUUAACAUCAAAUGUGGCCAGGAAAUGUGUGAAAACUAUAACGGGAUAUUGCUGAAGGACGCUCGCGCCAAACUGUUGAAGGAUUAUAUGGAACUGCAUCAACAGAACAAAACUGUAGUAUCGUCGCUGACACCAAUCAUCAAGCGUAAUCUGUGUGCGUGCGUACCAGCCGCCACGUACAACAUUGUAUGCCCGGACAACGACAUUGAACCCGUUCCGGAAGUAUUACUUCGCGAGACAAGGAUAAUUAAUCUCGGAUUCGGAGGUGUGAGACGUGUAUCACCGCCGCCGAUCGUGUCUGACUCCCACCGCGCCAUCGUUAGCAUCAUAUUCGCCAAGUGGAUCGAGUGCUGCAUGCCCUAUGAGGGCGAUAAUCUGCUGGUGGCCUGGCGACAGUUCUUCCAGAGGUUCAACCUGCAGAGCCUGUUUAAGAUGGACGGGGGAACGGACAACUUCUUCGCCAUCUGUGUCGGCAGUGCCGUGGGGCACAUCCCCUCCAACACAGCUACGUACACGAGUCCGCAACUUGCAGACGACGACUUCCCGCACGAGAAAGCGGACAGCCUGGUCGCACUUGCCAAAAUGGCCGACGUCAUGCAGAAACUUGUGGGAGGCAGCGACGUGCCACCCUCAAGUGCGCUGCAGAAGCUGCUCACUUCAACGGCGAGCCUGAUUAUCUACGGCGACCAAUAUAUGGGCUACUACAAACUUUGGGUGGUCAUGAUGAACUACUUCGACAGGAUCGAGUCAGUCACCGGGCAAAUCGUCUGCAGGAUCGCUUUCCUUUACUCCCUAAAAAUGAUCUCGCCGCUACGAGCACCGGAGUUUGCAUACUUCUGGAUCAGGUUGCUCGGGCACAGGAGCCUGCUGCCAGGAUCCAUGGCAGUGCCAAGGUGUUGGGAACACGUAGCCCAGUUGUUCCUGCACGCGACGUGUUUCAUGCAGAGCAUCAACGUGAUGGAACACAUGCCUCAUCUGGAGCAGGUGUAUUUUGAACUGAUUUAUCGGAUGUGUAGGGACUACCCGCAGUUUGUUGUAGAGUACUACUUCUGCUUAGGAGGCUCUCCCAGGAUCGAACGGCUGGUUGGCUGUUGUAGCAUGGAUCCCGAAUCUGCGGGUUUCGGCACUAUGAAAGCGCCCGUAGACCAUAUCCCGGGCAUGACGUAUACGCCGAGGGUGGAGUCGUUGAUUGUUACAAUACUCUAUCGGCACGAGAUCAAGCAGCAAGUCGACAUACUACUACGUGUCAUGGCGCACAAGAAUCGCCUGCCGUCGACUCCCCCCGUCAACAUCUACGGGGCGGACUUCGAUCAACUGUUGGAGGUGCUAGAGGACGUGGUUGUGAGCGACGCCGGUCAGGCGCCCACACUCCUGAUGGCCCUCACGUACUACGUCGGGAUUGAGUUCCCCCAUGUCAUGUCGGGUCAAAUAACGAUAGACGACACACGGCUCUAUCUGUUCCUGGACCUCAUACGCAGCUUCUCAAUGCAGGGCAAGUACCUGUUCAUCAAUGCGAUAUGCCGGCACCUGCGGUUCCCGAACGCCCAUACCCACUUCUUCAGCUGCUUGGUGCUCUGGAUGUACGACGAGCUGCGAGAGCCGGAAGACGCAGAAGCGCGCGAUGUCAUGCUCAGGGUGCUCCUGGAGCACGUGCUCGCGCCAACCCUGUGCACGUGGGGAGUAAAGUUGACGGUGGUCGAGCUAUUCAGCAACCCCAGGUUCCAGCUUUCCGGAACCACGUUCCAGUCGCUGCCUGACCCAUUGCAGUCGAUUCUCGACUCUGUCGCACGCGCGAGACCAAGUGGUAGGUCUGGCGGCAUUUUGGCUGAACUGUUCAGGUACCGCGUUGAGACCUCCACGAAAAAGGUGUAUUACUACAACAGAGCUUCCAAGGAGUCUCGAUGGCAACGGCCAGACGUGGACGUGCCCGAGUCGCCGAAGGACGCAACGGCGCCCGCCCCGGAGCCUGAGGAGCCGGCUCCAAAGUCGAGCUCGGAACAAGAUAUAGCAGGCUUCAAGGCGCUCAUAAGGGAGCUAAAACUGCCCUCAUCCGCCACGUUUGAUUCGGCAUUGCCGAAGAUGCUAUACGAUACACGGUUCACAGCCAUACCGAACCACCAGAGGAGGUCCCUAUUCAUGCAGCUGAGGUUGGAGCUGGUUAAGGAAUCUAGUCGCAGCCUCAAGGAGCUCUCCAAGGAGUAUAUUGCGAAAGAACGCUCUACCACGCCAGCAUCGGCGGCUGGGAGCGAGCAAGGAUCGAAAGAAGUCCAGCAGGAAAAGAAACCGGGUAUUGACGAGUUCAAUACCUCAAACCAGAGCGAUAAGAAGCGCUCUGGUUCGAUUACAUACCAGAAGGAACGAGAAUCUAACAAACGUAGGCAUACGGAGCAUGCACAGUCUCGAGAGCAACUAGCUACUGACAUGGCGCGUACCGCCUUUAUCAGCAUGUUGCACGAAAAGAUCAAGAUGCCGUUCUAUAAUGGCAAGCCUGAGCCUCUGGACGAAUCGCUUAUUGAAGGCGACCCGCGUGGAGAAAGCCGCCAUCUCAAGGACCGUGACAGGAUAUACCGGCAGUUCGUCGACGACUUCCUCGAGGCAAGGAUAGCGCUCUUCGAACAGAAGUUGCAAGCAUUGGGCAACGAACACAUCGAAACGCCCCUAGAUGAUGUCGUACACACACUGGGCGAACGCCUGUUUGGGCACCUGCCGCGAGAGAGGUUAGAGGCCAGCCUGAGGCGCUGGCGUCGUGAAGCGGCUGAGCUAUUGGACGCUUUCGAGGUCCUGCUUCGGCAGACGUUGUGCUACGCCGAGGGGACGACGGACACUAAAUUGAGGUUAGCGAAGCUACAGCUACAGGCUGACCCGAGGUACCAGAGACUGGACUGUAUACCCGACGAACGCGACAAGCUGGUGCUCAAGCGCAUCAGGGAACUGGACGAGAUACAUCGCAAAUCAAGGGCGGAUUUACUUGACUGA